AUGCCGGUCAGUAAAACUUAUCAAUCGGAUAGAUUAUUAUGGCACUAUACUAAGUCAGGGAAGUAUUCGGUUAAGUCAGGUUAUCAGUUAGCCCGAGAAUUAAUUGCGGAAGUUGAAUUUGGGCCUUCGUGUAUGUCCCUGCGGGCUCAGUCCUGGAAAUUAGAUGUCCCCACGAAGAUUCAACAUUUUUUCUGGAAAAUUGCCUCGGGUACCCUUCCCGUGUUAGAACGGCUUGCGUGUCGGGGUGUCCGUUGUGAUGCUUUGUGUAAGCGGUGUGACUCAGAGACGGAGACUAUAAACCACGCACUGUUUGAUUGUCCUCGGUCGCGAUGUAUUUGGGAGUUGGUCCCGGUGUUGCUGGAACCAGGAGGUUUUCCGUAUGCCUCUAUCUUUGCGAAUUUAAAUUUCAUAUUUUGGAGGGCGACUUCUCAAUCCGGGGUUUCUGAUAUUAUUUCUCGACUCCCCUGGAUUUUAUGGUCACUUUGGAAAGACAUGAAUAAAAAGGUUUUCCAGGGCACUGAGUCAGAGCCAAUUGAGAUUUUAAAUCAAGCGGCAAAUGAGAAAUUAUUGUGGGAGGAAGCCAAAUCUUAUUCAGUGAGCAAUUUGCUCCCCCCGCCCGUAGUGGAAGAGAGGGAUUAUUCUACCCGCUGCCAGGUUGAUGGUUCAUGGAAAGGUUCGGACCCUUUCCAGGGUCUGGGUUGGUGUUGUUGUAAUGGUGAUGAUUACACGAUUCUUUUGGGCGAAUGGAGUGUCAGACGAGGCCUUACUUCCCUACAUGCAGAAUUACAAGCACUGAUCUGGGCUAUGGAGUCUUUACUGGCGGCUGGAGUUGCUUGUCAGGCGUUCGAGACGGAUUGUGCAGAGCUAGUUGCGAUGGUGCAGGCGCCUGAUGAUUGGCCUGCUUUUUCGAUUUUACUGGAGGAUUUUUCGCAGCUCAGAACAUCUUACCCUUCUCCCUUGUCAGGAUUCUCCGCGACCUCAACGUAA